AUGCCCAGCGGAUCAGUAUUCAGGAUCGACUCAAGCUUGUUUGGCUUCCACAUCCGCUAUAAGGAGGAUGCAGCAGAGUCUGGCAGCAGCGAAGAGGGAAGAGACUUAUUUUUCCAAGAGGCUAAAAAGCCCCAAAGAAACGGGACGGGGCGCUGCGGAGCGGACGGAGCAAUCUGCCCCGGGGCGGACGGAGCAAUCUGCCCCGGGCCGCACCCUUGCCCCGGUUUGGCUCCCGGCCCUAACCUGCUCGCGGAGGGAUUCCCAUCUAGCCCCUUCUUCAGGGUCCCUGUUUCCCAAGAUGGAGCGGCCGGAGCGGGCGGAGGCCGGAGGAAGCAGCCUCUCGGAGCCCCCGAAGCCGCCGGCCGCCAGCCCUGCUCCCCAGACGCUGGCCCUGAGUCAGGUGGGGCCGGGCCAGUGAUGGCCCCCGGAUCCCUGCUGCCCCAGCUCCUCCCCGAGGGUCUGGCCGCCCUCACCAUCCCCAUCCGCCUGGAUGCCCUCUCCUACCUGCUCCACAGUGCCCUGCUUGGGGCCUACAGCCUCCGGCCCGGCCCCGCCAUUUGCCCUUGCCACUCCGCCCCUUACGGGGCCUGGCCGGUGGCCCAGGAUGCCCCCAGACAGCACUGGCCCAGGAGCCAGAGGCAGAGGGAAGUUAAUUGGUCGGAGGAGGGGGAAUUCAAGGGUGGUAGAGAGCCGGAGGCCCCCAAGAGACGGGCGCGCCCCUCGCCCCUUCGGCCGGCCCUCAAGGACCAGGGGAGCGAGUCCUGGCGGCGCAGACCCCUCGCCCCUCCGCCCAAGCCCAAGGAGGAACAGGAGAGCAGGUUCCACCAUCGCCGAAGCCCGGCCGCCUCCUGCACGUCAGCCCCGGCGGAGUGGGAGAGGGAUUAUCAGCACUGCAGGCCUCCUGUCCCUCCUUCCCCGCCCAGGGAAGAUUGGGAGGGGGGCUACCACCGCCCGAGGGCCCCAGCUGCCGCCAGCCCCCCACCGGCUGAGGACUGGGAGACCGAGUACUACGGAGCCGGGACCCCAGACCCCCGGGACGCCCCUUUGGGCCGCUCUGAGAGCCCGCUUCUGGAGGACAAGGAGAGCAGCCCCGAGGCCCGGGGCCUCCAGCCCUGAGCGGCCCCCAGCGUCCCGA